UCAAACAAACAAACACCUACCUUGUGAUUCUCGGAUUGUCUGACUUGGGAAGAGGAAUAUCCUUUCAGGGACACCGAGUAGAUACUGAGUACUGAGAUACAUGCUAACCGUACUAGUACUACUCCGUGCCAAGGCCCAUGGCAUGCAGCGAGGAGUUGUCAAGUUCGAGAUAGUGGGACUACGGAGUACAUAAGGCAGCCAAACGAGAUAAGCAUAAAUGCCAUAGCAUAAUUAAAUAUACUGGAUCAUGACUAAUCCAUUGUCCGCAUAAUACUGGGUCCUAUCCUCUAGCUCCUUGUGUGCAAGCUCCAAAUAUAGCCAGCCACAUCCCCAGCCACAUCCCCAGCCCCCUGAGUCCCAUCCCACCGCCUAUCAUUCACCACGUCAUGUGAAAAUGGCACGUGAGCCAGCUCACCUCCCCGAGGGCUGUUCUCGUGGGGAGUACCUCGUCUUUCUUCCUGCAUAUUAUCAGUGGACCUUGCCUUUCCAGCUCCUAAUUUUGGAGUCACACAAAUCGUACAUACCACGAGCUCGACCUGAUCCUCUAUACUCGGUGUGGACAAGUCCAGUUUCAUCGUUAAGCCCUGAUAUGGUCACCAUGUUCGGCCGACUCACCCAUUACGCUUUUGACGCUGUCCUCUUCUCUGCCUUUCUGGCAGGUGUGAAGCGUUCGACUGGUCUUACCCCCAGUCUCGACUCCGACAAAAUCACCGACAACAAGGACUUCAAGAAAUGGAUCGAUAGUUAUCUCGGUGUUGGCGAGUGGGUGAUGGAUCAGUCCGUUGCCGUCCUGGGUUCCACCAGCUAUUUCGAGCGCAGGCGGUGAUUUAUCUACUCCGGAUUAUCCGGAUAAAUCGGGGCGACGCUUCGGAUUGAUUCACUUGAUACCGGAGGUACGCUCUGUGUUUUCCCUAAGUCAGCUUGGGACAUCAUGUCGAGAGAGUGCGUGUCUUGUAAAAAAAAUAUCAAGAGAGCCGUCGUGACUGAAAUUUGGGCGUCCUGCAUAGCGGCUUGAAUUACGAUUGAUGAUUACCUUGUCCUUUAUAUGGUCCGGUAUGGGGGACCGUGGCGUUAGGAACUCUCACCUUGGCUGUAUACCUUGGUUUCAGUUUGGCAUUAUAUUCGCUUUACAUGGGUCCCCAUUCUGCUCUCCCGAGUAUACUCGCUUGUACAUAAGGUUACCGGCCCCGGUAGUUCAAGCUGCCCUGUUUCGUCGCGCUGUCCGGGGAAUGAUUAUGCCUUUUUUUCCUCC